AUGACUUAGGACGCGCGGGGCGGGGCGGGCUGGAGCCGGAGACCCGGCCCGGGACCGAGACGGAGUCGGAGCUCAAGCCCGAGCGGCGGACGGGGAGCGAGCGGUGCCGGCGUGCCGGGGCCGGCGGGCAGGGGCGGGCCGGGCCCCGCGAUGGCCAUGUUCCGCAGCCUGGUGGCGUCGGCGCAGCAGCGGCAGCACCCCCCGGCCGGAGCCCCCGCCAGCGCCCCGCAGCCCCCGGCCGGGCCCGGCGCCGGCGGCGAGAGCGGCCUGGAGGCCCAGUACAGCUGCCCCAUCUGCCUGGAGGUCUACCACCGGCCCGUGGCCAUCGGCAGCUGCGGACACACAUUCUGUGGGGAGUGUUUGCAGCCAUGUCUCCAGGUGCCAUCUCCACUCUGCCCACUCUGCCGAAUGCCCUUUGACCCAAAGAAAGUGGACAAAGCCUCCAAUGUGGAAAAGCAGCUGUCAUCCUACAAGGCUCCUUGCCGGGGCUGCAGCAAGAAGGUGACUCUUGCAAAGAUGAGGUCACAUAUUUCUUCCUGCAUGAAGGUCCAAGAGCAGAUGGCCAACUGUCCCAAGUUUGUCCCAGUAGUGCCAACAUCCCAGCCCAUUCCCAGCAAUGUCCCAAACAGAUCCACCUUUGUGUGUCCAUACUGUGGAGCCCGCAACCUGGACCAGCAGGAGCUGGUGAAGCACUGUAUGGAGAAUCACCGCAACGACCCCAACCGCGUGGUCUGCCCCAUCUGUUCAGCCAUGCCCUGGGGUGACCCCAGCUACAAAAGCGCCAACUUCCUGCAGCACCUCCUCCAUCGACACAAAUUCUCCUAUGACACCUUUGUGGACUACAACAUUGACGAAGAAGCUGCAUUUCAGGCUGCCCUGGCACUGUCCCUCUCUGAGAACUGAAGGCAGCCCUGGCUGGCCUGAACCCAAAUCUGGGGUCAGAAGUCACCUUUUCCACAUGGAGGGACAGGAGGCUUGCUCAUUCUUCAGCAUUCCCUAGCAGUUAGGCCUCCCUGUCACCUUUAUUUGAAUUGCACCUUUUUUAAUAAGGUGGAAUCUUUAUUCCUUGCACAGGGAGAGCAGGCCAACCCCAGGGGCCAAUCCUCAGUGCCCUCCCGAGGGUAGGAAAAGAUUGCACCUUUUACCAGUUCAAAGGUUUGGUCUAAGUGAGGACUUUCACCUCUCUUCUGGGUAAAGUAAAGCUGGUUUGUUUGGUGUUUGGAGACCCAGAUGGUCCCUAGAGGGAGGAAUGUCUGGCUCUGCUACAUUGGAGCAUCGAGUUGUCUUUUAUUUUCUAAGCAAUGGUUUGGCUUUCAUGCUUAAGAACACUGUUACUGCUGAUCCAGACAGGUUAGACCUGAGGGGAGUGGAGAGGUGGGAGAGACUGGAAGAGAAACUUAGCUGAAGACCUGAACGAGAGCCCCAUCCUACCAUCUGGCAUUCAGUAAAGUUUCCACCUUGCUCAUUUGGCACCAGCUUUUGUGAUACUUAGAGAUUCUGGCAUUUUUCUAUAUUAACCAGUGUGGUAACCUUUUCACAUUUUAUAGAGCGAGGAAAAAGCAGUUACUCUUCUUCAUAUUGCAAUAUCUGUGUUUGACUAGGAACAAUAGUAUUUUUAUGGAACAUUUAAAAAAAAUUAUAUUUUUU